GUCCAGCGUGGCGGCACCAGUGGCAGGCGCAGCAGGACCUAUUGGAUGUGCAGCUGCGGUAGUUGGAACUGGGACUGGCGCUCCACGUGUCUCAGCUGUGGGUAUGCCGCACCGCCCAGGGCGCUGGGUUCAACCCACGGCAAGGCGAAGCCCGAGGCAGACAAGGACGGCUGGGUGGACCAGCCUCGGGGGCGCCGAGCCCAGCGGCAGGCCCGCAGCGCAGCGUCGCGUACGGCAUCCACCAAGUCGCAGACCUCGGCUUCAGCGGCGGGUGGGGCGCCCAGCGGCGGAGGAGUCACGGCGAUCGAGAGGCUGCGAGCAACGGUCGAGCGGCUCGAGGCGCUGCAGGCUGGGCCACCCGACGGCGUCGACAGCUGCUUCACGGACGUCGCGGCCAACCAGCUGGAGGCGAAGAGGGCAGAGUUGGCCAGCGCCCAGCAGGAGGCAGCGGAGCAGAAGGCCUCCGCAAUGACGCGGUUUGCUCUGCUGCACAAAGAGGCGAGCGCCAUCAGCAAGGUCCAGCCCCAGAAGGCCCAGGACGAGCUCGCGGCGCUCGACGGCGAGGUGGGGGAGGCCAGCAGGGCGCUCCAGGUCUUCGAAGAAGCAGCCCGUGAGGAGGCGGAGGCGCGGCGGCGCCAGCGCGCAGCCGAGUGGGCUGGAGCCAGCCACGUGCCGGGGCUCCUCACGCAGCUGGACAAGCUGCCAGAGGCCUGGGGCUCCAGCAACUUCGAGGUGGCAUGGGCGGCCAUUCGCACCCAGGUGGAGGCGGUGCGGGCGCAGCUCGCGGUGCACCCGUCAGCCUCCGAGCGAGCGCCGCGGGCCGAGUCCUGCCCCGUGGGCGAGAUCAGCAGCGACGACAGCGAGCUCGCAGGCGGCAGCGGGCCCUGGCAGCCGCAGGCCGCUGCGGAACGUGGCCAAGCCGAGCGGCGCGGCAGCGCGCUCGGCGGGUGGCCGCAAGUGUCCCAGGCAUGCAAGAAGGAGCUGGUCGCUGAGGCUGCGGACCUGGAGGCCAGAGGAGCUGCGCGCAGCAGGAGGCGCGCGGUCUCCCUCCGCCCGUGCGCGCCCUCGGACAUGGAGAGCCCGCUGGUUCAUGCGGGCCUGGGGCGGCUGGCCCGCUCGCAGAAGGGCGUCAUGGACCUCCUGGCGGCUCAGGAGGCGCUGCCCCAGCCCCUGGGCGCCCGCGCAGCCGUGCCGGUCUUCUUUCCCGAGUCGAAUGGAGGAGUUCGACCGAUAGUGAACGGCCCACUGCCCAUGCGCAUCCGGGGCAGCCCGAGGCAGCCCAUCGGCGCGCUGUGGGAGGCGGAGCACGACCGCCGGUUCUUUAGGGGCAAGGUGGACCGCGAGUACGAGAAGGCAGGCUGGCUGCACAACGCCUGUGCCGCUCUUGCGCGCGUGAGGGGGUGUGCCUCCGCCAGCCUCUUCCUGGACAUCACCAAGCUCUACGUGAGCCUGCGUCACGACUUCCUGCGGCAGUGCGGAGUCGAGCAUGGCUUCGACCUGCGGGUACUUCGAGGUCUGCACGUGCUCUACCCGAGGCCGCGUAUCCUCCUCUUCGCUGGCCUGGCCACCGAGUCGUUCGCCUCCCUGCGCGGGGCGCUGGGCUGCAAGUGGGUCGCCUCCUCCGCGUUCCGCCUCUGCCCCCUCAGUGCUGCCGAGGCCCCCGUCCGCGCCUUGAGGCCCUCUGGAGAGCGGCAGCCUGGCGGGCAUUGGGAAACGCAGGGCUGGACUUUCGGUAAGACGUUGCAGGCCAGGAACCUCAGCACGGGCGCCGCCAUCGCGGGGCGAAGCGUGCAUGAGAGCCGAGUACGAGCUCCUGGAGCCGUGGGCGGAGCGCGCGGGCCGCCUCCGUGCUGCGGGAGUGGAUCUGGGCCCGAUCCACAAG